AUGUCUGACGAUGAGAGUGCCGAUUCUGAGGACGACUUCGGUCAUGUUGGUGUAGACGUUCGACAUGGUCACCGGAUGUGUGACGUUUUUGACUGUGCCCGCACCGGAACCUCUCUGGUGGACCGCUUCACUGGAGCCCUAAAAGACAUCCUCUUCAUCAUGAAGUUUUCUUCUCCGGUGGUCGCGGACUUCUUCGGCGAUGUCACAGAGUGCAUGAUCAAACGUAAAAUACGUCAGUUCCUCAAACUCCUUACUGCCUAUUGGUGCGGCAUUCUGAUAAAGUCUCUGCGCUAUCCGGAGCCCUCUGUGACCAAUCUGCAGUUUUCGGCCACAAUUCUGCUAGCUGUCAUAGUCCUCUAUAUGUGCACCUUUCGAGACCUCAGUCGCACUGAGUACAUGCUAAUUUCCGUAACCUCCACGAUACUCAGCCUAGUAUACACAGUCUACGAGUCUUGCAGAAGUAGAUCCGCGAUGGAUGGUGCCUUUGCUUACCCCUUUUCACUGGUGAUAAUGCUCCUAGUUUUUCUACCCAUCCAUGUUCGCAUAACCAUACCCCUGAUCCUCCUCUUUUGCACCCUCUUCGUCACAACCUCUUCGAGGAAGAUGACAUUUGCUCAACUGAAGCGUGACAUCUAUGCAAACACUCUUUAUCCCUUGAAGUCCCAACUGGACGCAUACAGAUUCAGUAUCAUCCGCCGCGGCAUGGUUAUAUGGGCCAAUGAUCAGGCGAAUUACCUGAUGGCGCAAAUAAUUUGCUGGAUACUUGUCAUAUUCAUCGGUUGUUACUUGCGUUUCUGGAACGAACUUCGACGUAGGUCGGCCUUCUCGAUCAUUGGAAAGAGCGUGAAGGCGAGGAAACGAUGCCAGCGAGCCCUGAAGAACCAGAGUGACUGGAUCACCGCGAUCAUGCCCAUUCAGGUACGCGACGCCUACAUGCAGAUGCGACUGCAAAACAUUGGAUCGGGAAAGAUCUGGGUUUAUUCUACAGCUUUUCCCGAGGUCAGCAUCCUUUUUGCUGAUAUUGUUGGUUUCACGAAGAUGAGUUCCAGCAAGACGGCUACAAAAAUCGUCAUGCUACUUAAUGACCUCUACAACCGCUUUGAUGACUUGUCUAACAAAGUCAACUGUGAGAAGAUUGGCACUCUCGGGGACUGUUACUAUGCGGUUGCCGGCUGUCCUGUGGAGCGUAGUGAUCACGCUGCUUGCUGUGUGGAACUGGGCCUUGGAAUGUGCCGCAUAAUCAAAGUCUUCAACCAGGACAAUGGAGAGGAGGUGAAUAUGCGAGUUGGUAUUCAUACGGGACGUGUUAACGCGGCUAUUAUCGGUAACAACCGUUUUCGCUAUGAUGUCUACUCCUCCGACGUCAUCAUUGCCAACCAGAUGGAGACGUAUGGCCUGCCCGGAAGAGUACACAUCUCGAGACCCACCUACAAGUUAGUGAAAUCAAUCUACCGCUUUGCUAGGGGUGAACCCCUGACCAUUCAAAAAGAAGAGAAUUUUGGACUGGCUGGUCUAGAAAAGAAGGAUGUAAAAUUAAAGACGUAUUUUGUGGACCCCCUUUCCUCCACGGUGCGACGUCGCAACGAAAACUAUGGAAAAGAUCAGGGUGCAACACGUAUCCUAACUAUAAAUGCUGGCGGUGGUGCCGAAGAAAAUGCCACAUCCGACAGUAUGUUGAAAACCCCCCAGAGUGACCUUGACACCAUAGAUAUGCUCUCGACUUCCUCUAGUUUUGGACGUCCUUCGAAGUUUUCCAGCAAGGCGGCUCGUGAGUCCUCCCUCUUCUUCGGCUCAGGUAUUCAACAGAAGAUUAGGGCAGAGAAGUGGCGUAAAACAAACAAACGCGACAUUCGACUGAUUGAGGACCUACAGGAUGAUCCACAGGAGCAGGUCGGUCUCUUCCGCUCAAUGCCCCUGAAACCACUGCUGCAUCAGUUCAAGGACGACCAGGUGGAGAGCGACUUUAGGGAGUACAUGGAGGGCUUUGUGCCCAUUGUGACGGUCGAGUCGCCGAAACUCUCUUCCAUCUUGGAUGCCGCGGUCAUCAGUUUCAUCAAUUUCGUCCUGACCUUUCCAAACCUUAUGAUUUCUGCUACCGCGGUGGACGGAGAUCUGCCUACGCAGAUCUUGAUAACGGUACUCGUCCUUGCGACAACUGGGCUGCUUAGCAUUCUUCUCAUCUGGGGCUCAAUGCUUCACUCCUCUUCAGAGCACAGCGGCUUGAAGGCGCGUCUGUACCUAUUCCUCUCCAAGUGCCUUGUGCGAGAAGUUUUGCUGGCCGCUCUAACAACAGCACCGGUCUGCAUUCGCCUACUCCUCACAGACAUUAAAGCCAUCAAAAAGACCCGAGAGUCCUCCCAGCGGGUCAUCCACUUCGAGCUCUCGAUGCUUGGCAUCCUGGUGCACUCAAUGGCUACUGCCUCCUUCUCGUGGACCCGCGGACUCUGUAUUGCAGUGUCCGGCCUCCUGAUGUGGCUGGAACUGAGGACUUUUCAGGGGGAUUUCGAUCACACCAACUGUGAAUCUCUGCUAUGGUAUCAUAAUCUGGACACCCCAGUGGAGGGCUUCCACGAACGUAUUGCCUCAAUGGUCACCAUGAUGGCGGUGACCUACUUCAUAACUGUGGAGAGUGAGUGGAGCCUGCGGCUGUGGUACUUUGUCUCCCGUGAGGCCGCCAUCUCCGUCAAUCAGGCCAUAGCGGAGAACGAGUCGGCCCAACAGCUGCUGGACAAUGUCAUUCCCAGGUACAUAUUUGAGCAGCUGGCUCGCCGAGGCCAUACUCACCUCAAGGCGGGCACCUUCUGCUUCGCCACCUCCAUACCCGGAGCAGCAGUCUCCUUCGCCUGUCUCACCAACUUCUUCUCCGCCUACUACAGAGAGGACUACAAGGGCGGUGAGGGCUCCUUGAGGCUCCUGAAUACUAUUAUAUGCAGCUUUGAUGCGCUGAUGUCGCAGCCAGAAUUCGCAACGGUGGAGAAGAUAAAGACCAUCAACGACUGCUAUAUGAUAGCCUCCGGAUUAAAUAUGCUGCAGCGUGAGACGGAUCCCAGCGGGAGAAAACAUGUGCUGGAAUUGAUGGAGUACUGCUUCGGACUCUACCGCACUCUGGAUGACAUCAAUGACAAGUACAUCAUCGGGACGGAUAAGUUCCUCAUGAAGGUGGGCUACUACGUGGGCGACGUGACAGCUGGCAUCAUCGGUUCAAGAAAACCCAUCUAUGAUAUUUGGGGCAACACAGUGAAUGUGGCCAGUCGGAUGUACUCCACUGGCUACAAGGGCAAAAUCCAGGUACCUGAGGAGGUGAAGCUGAUGUUGGAGGACAGCUACGACUUUGAGUAUCGUGGAACCGUUUUCGUCAAAGGGAAGGGAGACAUGCAGACGUACUUUUGUCACCAAAAGGCGAAUGGGCCUGGAACCAGCUGA